UUUGAUGCAUCAACACGUCUAAAUUUUAGUGUGCAAGAAAUAUCAUAGUUUUAGUGAAUUUUAGUGGUUAAAACACAGUUUUAUCGAAUGUAACAGUAAGGCAUAGUGCCACUGGUCAUAUAGCUGCUACGAAGGCCUGACGUUAUUCAUAAGACUAUCCGAGAAGGUUGUAAAACAGGAUAAUUUUGGACUUCCGGUUUGGAAAUUGGAUAAAAAAUGGGGCCGAAAUCUACCCCAAAACAGAUAAAGUCAAAUACGACCAUCAACAACAUAUCCAAAGUGAAACAUGGACUAGUUAAGAAGUCUUGCAUGACCAUACAGCCACCCACGGCGUCCUCUGCAGUGGCAGCGGCCCUCCGCGGUGGUGCCGGCCAAGGGUCUCACCCCCCUCGGCCGCCACCACCCCAGGAGGUCACGGCUGCAGAGAAUGCCGAGGGUGGGGAGCAAUUUUUUCAGGGCAACACUGCAGAUGUGAUAACAAUUACGCAUCAAGAAGACAGAGUUAACUCCCCAUGUCCCAGCUCACAACAGCAUGCCCAAGUUAUCCCAGCUACUGAGUUCCGUGAUAUGUUUUCCUUCAUCAAGGACUCUAUAAGAGAUAUACAGAGUGAUGUUGCAAAUAUACGUCAUGAAAUGGUCGCCCAGGAAACACGAAUUCUACGCAAAAUGGAUGAAAAGGUACAAACAAUCCAAACUGAUCUUAGAUCGGAAUUAGUAUCAUCAACAGCUGCUCUCCAAGACCGUAUAGCAUCUAUUGAACAAAACAUUUCCAAAAGCGAUAGUGUUGCUGAAGAAUUUCGCUCUAUCAUUGUCAAAAACCUUGAGGAUACAAAUAAGUCUGACCCAAUUCAGGUAAAUGACCUAAUUCAAGGCCUUGGUCUCAAAGACAUUCCUGUCGAGCAUGUCUCAAGAAAGGAAAAACGUCAAGGUGGCAAGUACCCUGGUAUCG